UCACUUAACUACCUGGUAGGUAUGGUAUGGAAUCAAUACAAUGGUGAGAUCUCCAGCUCCAAUCAUGUUUUCAUUAAAUUAUGAGUACAUGCAUAACUUUUAUGGGGACUACCUAGGUAGGUAUACAAGGGAACGAAUUCACUCUCUUUUGUAGGGGGAGAGAAAUGAUUACCUAGGUAGCUGGAGGUACUUGAAUAUCUCAAAGUCUUUAUUUUCCAUCAGAUGUUGAAUAUUUUGUUUCAGAUUGCAAAUUGUUAAACGCUCGAUUUUUGAAUAAAUUUGGAAAGCAUCUCAAAUAAGGUAUCAAGUCGAAGUGUUACGCACAUUCACGUCGCGUAACCUUUGAAAGAGUGAAAGUAAACAAACAGUCAGUUAUCUCACACAAAAUCGAUCAGACAUGCCACGAUCAAAAAAACCUUUGGCUGAAGCAACACCCAAUGCAUCGAUUCCUUCUAAAGACCGAGGCUCUAUGUUGCCAACCAUGGAAGGAAACAAAACCAAUGAUGAUGAUACUGCGAUCGAUUUCAAGAAAUAUGAUCAUUUGAUAGACAUGGAAUUGGAGCGUUGUCGUUUAAGUCAUGAGCUGUGUAAAGAAUGGAUGUCACUAGGUGUGACUGAAGCAUAUCAUGAUACAUUUUUUAUGUAUAUGGAUCCAACCAAAGCACCGGAUUAUACCGUCCUGCGCCGAGACAUACAAAAGUUCAUUACAAAUGCACUUGAAGAGCAGAAGAACCCUCCUCAAAGAGGUUCGUUUGUAUCGAGAAAACCCGAGGAAGAGGUUUCUGGAAACAAAAGACCAGCUGUGGUUAAAGUAGGAGGUUUAUCGCAAAGCUCCGACAAAUUACCAAUCAGUGAGAAUGUCGAGACUCGGGAUGAUCACAGUAUCGAUAACGGUGAUUUAGAUGAAGGAAUUGUGUCAAAAUCCAGUUCUCAAGCUGCAGGUAAAAGGUCCAAUGGAAGAGCUACCGGUAGCCGGCGCAAUCGAGCUGAAGAUAAUGAGAAUGCUGUGAUCGAACCCGAGAACACCUCAGCAAUUAUGUCCACCUCUAAAUCCAACUCAAACCAGUAUACAGCCAAAUCUGUCCUUACGGACCAAGAAACAAAGCGUUGCCGCGAAAAGCUCAGAAGCAUUCUAAUGGCAGACGAAAAGGGAUUUGGGAAGGAAGAAAAUAAAUACACUCCUUCAGCAGUCCAGUUCGAGUUACAAAUAUACCGCAAUGGCUUCAUGGGAUUUGGUUACAAACUUUGUGACUUAAUCGGCGUCUCGCAGGAAGAUUUUGAUGAGUUUAUGGUUUCCGCCUUUGGUAUGUCCAAAGAGGAGGGAAGUCAGAAUGAAGUUUGUCGAAGAAGUUGGGACUUGCUUCGGGAAUUGGAAAAAGAAAGAAGAGAUGGGGCCAGCUCGAAUGGAAAUACUAAGCAAACAAGUUCAUCAGGAACUAAAAGGGCCCCAGGUGGAGAAGUCGAGGGCUUACCAAAAAAGAAGAAAAGAAAUAUUCUGAACGAGGAAAUAAUGGAUGCUAUUGCAAACAUUGGGCUGGAAGAUGAUGAGGAUGAGGAGUAUGGUGCGAUGGAGGUAUACGAUACUUGCGACUCGCUUCGAGAAAAAAUCCAGGAGUAUUUGGAUGAAACAGGUGUCAGUCAAGCCGCAUUUUGCCGCGCACUAUCGAAAUCACUGGACGACCAGAGAGUAACCCCCGCACAGCUCAAAUCCUUCAUGUCAAAAACCGGACCAAAAGCUGGAAACACAUCUCUGGCAUUUUAUGCAGGCUAUUGCUUCAUGGAAAAAGUUAGACUUUUCGAAAAGAAAGAAAAAAGUGAGUUUCGGUUGGAAAUGGAGGAUAUCUGGGAUGGUACUCAACCAAUUACUUACGGACGUGCGGGAUUUGAUAUUUGGACACAAGAAAGUCAAUUCGUCCUUGGUUCUGCGACUUCAACAUUGGAGAUGGAUGAGUAUGGUGUGAUGCAUUACUUUGAGUGAUUUUGGACAGUCAUCUGUUGUUGGGAGCUUUUUCGGCGUUUUCCGGUUGUUUCCUGGUGUCGUAUUCUGGAAUUGAGGACUUGGGGCGCAUAGUAGGAGAAGAGAUAGCGCAUGAGAUUUUGGUGGCAUUCAAAUGACUUGUAUUACGAAUUCAACAUUCAACAAUGGUGGAAAAUCGAAGGUGUGUACAAUAUAGGGAUAUUAAAUGAGAUUUGUUUAUUAUGUGGAUAUUGUAUGUCAUGUAUAAAGGCUAUCAGCAAAUAUUAGCAGUCUCCAUAGACCGACAGUGUAAUAUCACAAUUGAACCCACCCAAACCAUAUCAUAUCAUUAUAUCCUUCCAAGAAUCUAAUCAUACCACAUCACUAAAUCAAAUCCUCAUAAUCCCCCUUCCCAAACCCGCUAUAAAAAAA